AUGUCAGACAUGGCUCACAACAAGGAAUACCAUGUGCGAGACUUGGCCACUCGAUCCAUCACACUCUUUCCCAAUAGUGCUCAAGUCGUGAGAGACUUGCGCAACCUACAACUCAAACCCGGCGCUAACGAAAUCACCAUCUUCGGCUUGACUCCAACAGUGGAUGAAUCUACAAUCAAGGUAGACGGAACCGGCUCAGCCAUCAUAACUGACAUUGCCAUUGAGUUUGUUCCCAACCACGAGAGCUUCCAAGAUGUCUACCCGGCCUCUGAUGGCGAAAUGUCGGAUGCACACGAAGAACUGGACGGAGAACCAGAAGAAGAAGUAGACGAAGACGAAGAACCUUCCGCCCUCGACAAGGUGCGAGUCAAAAUUAGACAACUUAGAGAUGAGGAGCGAAGCGCCAAAGAAGCAGUCGAAAGUGCAGCCAGUCGUCUCAAAAUCCUUGACGCUUACGUCAAUUCACUUGACAGCAAAGAAGGAAUCAACAUCGCCGACAGCAUCGAAACCUACCGGGCCGAGCGAGAUCGGAUUUUCCAAGACCACGUAGCCGGAGUCACUCGCGGACAAGACAACAUGAAACGCCUUAGCAUCUUUCUUAAGCAAGAAACUCGACUCGUCAAGAAGCAGAAAAGGGAGGCGGCAGAGACGACUCGUGCUAUGAAGAAAGCCCGGAAGGAGCGGGACAGGCAGGCGCAGAAGGAUGCCAGGGAGAAGGCGAAGCUGCAGAAGGAAAAGGCUCGGAUCCAGAUGGAAAGGGAGCGCUUCUGGCCCAAGUUGUGUUACUCUGUCCGGGUCUCUCUGGAAGUGGCGGCUUUCACCCCAACACCCUCUCGUCGGACAUCAGUGUCGAGUGAGACGGCGCAGGCUUGUACAUUAACUUCUGAAAAGGCCGACGAGGGGAAGGACGUCAUGUGCGAUCUGUCCUUGUCGUACGUCACCUCUUCCGCGUUCUGGGCUCCGAGCUACGACUUGCAGUUGUUCACUACAAACAACACGGGGAUACUGUGCUACGAUGCCCGCAUCACCAACAGGACUUCUGAGACAUGGAGAAACUGCAAGGUCGUUCUUUCAACUUCGCAGGCGACGUUUGCCGGACUCGAGAAUGCCAUACCCACGCUGAAGCCUUGGAACAUCAAGUUGGCACCCAAGGAAGGUAAUGUGGGCGGAACAGACAUCCUUUCCAGUCGGGAGGAGCGCCAGCAACGAAGUGACUGGUGGCGUGCUCAACAGACAAAGGCGCAGCCUCAGAGACCUCGCAACGAUCUGUUCGGCGUUGACUACAAUAAUGCCGGCAACAGUGCCGCGGAUCUAGCAACCUACCAGCAAAGUCUCAUGAUACUUCGACAGGACUCGAAGAGCCCACGACGGAUAAUGUAUCCAGCAUUAGGGCAAGGACAGGCUGCACAGGCACAACACCAGGCGCAAAUGCGAGCACAAAUGCAGGCGCAACAGCAGAUGCAGCAAAUGCAGCAAAUGCCACAAGCACAGCAAAUGGCACAAAUGCAGCAGGCUCCUCCUCCACAAGCACCGAGGCUUCAGGAGCCGAUUCAAGAACCAAUGGGAUCUGAAGCUUCCGAGGAAGACGACAACCUCGAUUUACAAGAGUCUACCAUUGAAGAGACGGGUUUCACUACGACCUACGACCUUCCAGGCACAAAGACGCUGCCACCUCGCCCGACGGCAACCAAGCAGCGUGUCGCUCGUCUCAACUUCUCCAACAUCGCCUUCAGCCAUACAAUCAUUGCAAAGUACAAGCCCGUCGCGUACCUCAAAGCAAGAGUCCGCAACAGCAGUCGGCUCACGUUGCUUCGGGCAGAAGCAGGUCUCACUCUCGACGGGACCUUCAUGGGCCGCACCCACUUGCCACGCUGCAGCGCCGGUGACGUCUUCUCUCUCGGUCUUGGUAUUGAUCCUGCGAUCAAGGUCAACUACCCCAAGGUUGACGUCCGACGAACGACGACUGGACUCUUUUCCAAGGAGAACAGCUCCGUGUACAGCCGCAGCAUCACCGUGUUCAACUCCCGUGCUUCGGCAGGUAAACCCGUCUCGCUGGUUGUGCUUGACCAGGUUCCCGUGUCGGAAGACGAGCGUCUCAAAGUAGAUAUCUUGGCACCCAAGGGACUUGUUGUUGACGGAUCAGGGGUCUUCACGGGGCAGCCCGCUCGCGAGAGUAAGCAAGACGUCGACUGGGGCCAGUCGACGGCUACGAUGAAGGGGCGCCAAGGUCAGGUAGAGUGGCAAAUUAAGCUCAAUGCUGGCAAGGCUGUGAGGCUUGGCUUGGAAUAUGUUGUUGCUCUCCCUUCAGGAGACUCGGCGAUGGAAUGCUCAUAG